AUGGAUCAGGACUCGGUUCCACAGCACGAUCAGUCACAGUUCUACCAUCCUAAAGCUGAGCGUGCUGAAGCUAAAGAGGUUAAAAGUCGGUUGAAGAACCAUGGGCCGUCAUACCCGCCAAAGAACCGAUUCCAGCCUCUCCUCGCCGACAGAGCCAAUCUCGGGGACAAGGACGGUCACAGCUACGAUGGUGAUGAGCUCUGCCCAAAUCUCCUCCCUGUCGAUAGGCAAGAGUUUAGAGGCUGCAAGACUCGUGACAUGGACAAACAGGCCAAGGCCUGGAAUAAGCAGGUCUAUCUUGGCUUGAUUCCACGAGAAGAGGAUGCCGAUGCUGGUGAGUAA